ACCCAUCAGUUCAAACAAAUUUCGGGCCCAAUCACAGUCCAACCGACCUUCUCUUCUCGGUCUGAAACAACAGAAGAGAGAGAGAGAGAGAAAAUGGCGUCAAAAGAUUCAACACCGCCAUAUCCAAGCGCUGCAAGAAUCUCUGAUUCUCCAUGCUAUCCUCAAUACACUGCUUCUCUCAAAUGUUUAGAAGAAUUUAGCUCAGACAAGAGCAAAUGUCAAGAACAUUUUGACAUGUACAAGGAAUGCAAGAAAAAGGAGAGGGAAGCUCGACUGGAACGUAACAGGAAUAGGUCUUUCUUCUCAUGAAAUUCCUUCUGGGAUUUGCCACUCAAAACUGUAAGCAGCAGGGGGUAGAUUUGAGCUCACUACAAGUAUCAAUCCCUCAUCUUUUAUAGCUUUCAAUUUGUAGAUCUUCACCGAGUUCCAGCUCAAAUUAUAGAGCUGGCUCCAUGUCAUAACUAGAACAGUUGAAUAAAUUUUUCGCGUUUGCACAGUUAAUGUCAUGCUCUUUCCAUAAGGCUUAAGGUAAAGACUUGCUUUUCAUUUCAAAA